AUGCACAAUCCAGAGAUCAGGAAUAACAUAAAGGGCCGGAAGUCAAAGAUGAACGUACCUGGAGACAAAGAUCCAGCAAGGGUUGUAUCCGAAGGAUGCCAGAGACUGAUCCGUCAGGAGCGUGGGUUGGUUGAAGCUGCUGACCCUGUGGUCAGGUCAUUGAGGCAUUGGGUGAGCCCCUCACAGGAUGCGGGGGGGCUCCCCGCUUCCCAAGGGAGAGCUAUCAAGGAAGCGAAUCUCAUUCCCGCAAAAGCCAUCGCAGGAGAGAGGGGCCACGGAUGUAAUGGGAGAGAAAGAACACUUUCUGCAGGAGAAAGAUCCCACAGCGGAGAAGCCUGUGGUGAGAGAUUCCAGCAGACGUCAGAGGUCACCCAGUGCCAGAAAACUGGUAAUGUGAAGAAAACCCAUCAAUGUCAGGAAUGUGGGAAAACGUUCAACCAGAGCUCAAACCUGAUCAUCCACAAGAGAAUUCACACAGGGAGGAAACCCUAUAUGUGUGACGAAUGUGGGAAAGACUUCAACCAGAGUUCAAAUCUCAUGAUUCAUCAGAGAAUUCACACAGGGAAGAAACCUUACCUGUGUUGCAAGUGUGGGAAGAACUUCAACCAGAGCUCCAACCUGGCCAGGCACCAGCGGAUCCACAGUGGCGAGAACCCCUAUCAGUGCCAGGAGUGCGGCAAGGCCUUCCGCGGGAGCUCCAGCCUGGUCCUGCACCAGAGGACCCACGGCGGCGGCGGGAAGCCUUUCGCAUGCCACGAAUGCGGCAAGGCCUUCAGCCAGAGCUCGGACCUGGUCAUCCACCACAGAGUUCACACUGGAGAGAAGCCGUACGAGUGCUAUGAGUGCGGCCAGAGCUUCAGCCAGAGUUCACACCUGGCCACACACCAGAGGACCCACACCGGGGAGAAGCCCUUCACGUGCCCUGAGUGUGCGAAGGCCUUUAGGCAGCAUGCGCGCCUCACCGAGCACCAGAGGCUGCACAGCGGGGAGAGGCCCUAUGCGUGUGCCGGGUGUGGAAAGGCCUUCAGCGGGCGCACGGCUCUGCUCAAGCACCAGAGGCUGCACGUGGGCCAGGACGCGGGCCAGCUGGGCCAGCAGAGAACAGAGAGGGAGGAGAAGCCCUAUGAGUGUACGGAGUGUGGGAAAACCUUCCUGGGAAGCUCAGACCUCAUCCGGCACUGGAUAAUCCACACCGGCGAGAAGCCCUAUGAGUGCAGGGCCUGCAGGAAGGCCUUCAGCCAGAGGUCACACCUGCUCACGCACCAGAAAAUCCACACCGGGGAGAAGCCAUAUCCAUGCAGCGAGUGCGGGAAAGCCUUCCGGCAGCGCUCACUCCUUGUCCAGCACCGAAGAAUCCACACUGGGAAGAAGCCCUACGAGUGCGGGGCCUGCGGGAAGCCCUUCAUCUGGCUCACAGCCUUCCUCAAACACCAGAGGCUUCACGCUGCAGAGAAACCCCAGGGAUGCGGGAGGACACUGAGCCAGGACCAGGUGCCUGGGGAUGAGCGGGGAACUCAUGGGGAAGAGAGAGCGCCCCAGCGCAGCCAGCGUGCCAGAACCUUCCAGGGCAGCUCAGACCUCGUGGGACUUCCAGUGAUUUGCGCAGGAGAGAAGCCCCAUGCGUGUGCAGAGUGUGGGAAAUCCUUCCAGCAGAGCUCAGCACAAGGCACCAGAGAAUCCACAGCGGGGAGGAAGCCUUACCCCUGUGCUAAAUGCGGGAAGUCCUUCAGGGGCAGCUCCGACCUCAUUAAACACCACCACGUGCACACGGGAGAGAAACCCUACAAUUGCCCUGAAUGUGGAAAGGCCUUCAGUCAGAACUCCCACCUUCUCAGUCACCAGAGGAGCCACACUGGAGAGAGACCCUUUGAAUGCGGCGCUUGUGGGAAGGCCGGGGGGCGCAUGGCCUUCCUUAAACACCAGCGGCUGCACCCCGGGGAGGGGCCAGGGCGCCUCGAGUGUAGGGUAUGUGGGAAAGUCUCCAUUUAUGACUCACACCUUCUAACCCACCAGAGAGUUCCUUCCGGAGAAAAGAGCGGUGACUGUGGGAAACCGUCCAAACAGAGCUCCACCCUCCUUCAGCAUCACAGGAAGAACCCCCGUGAGCAUCAUCGGAACAUGUAUCACCCCUUGCCUUAG